AUGCCCGUCUGGCAAAACCAGUUCCGCGCGUGGGUGACCGUGGACGGCGAAACCGCAAACGAGUUCGAGGUGCAAACGGAUGAGCUAGGCAAGACGGUGACGUGCUGGAUCCGGUCGGAGGCCGGUAAGAGCUUCUCCGUCAGCUGGCAGAAUCUGUCGUAUACCGGAGCCUCUGACGGCAAGGUGUUCGUCGACGGCGUCCUCUGUGGUGGGAAGAUCAUCCGCUCGGCCGUCAAGCUGCCCACAACGCGCAGAAAAUCUGGACUUACCAACGGUACCACCAUCAAACACUUUUUGUUCUCUGAUAUUCAAACCACUGACGACGACACGCUGCCAGACGAUGCGACCGACUUUACGAGACUGGGCGUCAUCAAGCUCGCCAUCUACCCCGUUGUUGUGGGAGGAGAAAUUCCCGGCGGCUCGGCACUGCUCCCCCAAGUGACAUUGCACGAAAGCUUAGUAUCGACCGCGGAUGUGAUGCAACAAGUCCUGCUUGGAGUCGAAGAACCCCUCAAACGCCCACAACCGAUUCUUCGGACCUGCAAGACGGGCCCCGCUCUUGUCACCUUCUGCUUCAAGUAUCGCCCCUUGGAUCAUCUUCCAGCGAAUAGAAUCGCCCCGAAAAAGCGCUUUUUUUCAGAAAUGUCGGAACCGACAGCGAUAUUGCAAGCGUCUCUCUUCCAAAAUGCAAACACGAAGAUACCACAAAACGAUGCUUUCAUAGACCUCACAUUGGACGACACGCCCGAACCACCAAGAAAGAAAGCGAAAUGUGCGGCUGACGCGUACUGCGGGGUGUUAUCCGGAUGGCAGCGGGGAGAGGUCAUCGAUUUGACUUGA